AUGAGCGAAAGCGGAGCUUGGGGUGCCUGGCAGGUUGAGACUUCAUCCUUCACCAAGGCCGUUGUUGCAUCUAUGCAGAAGCUGUACCCAGAAGAAAUCGCAGACCGAAGCUGGGACAACGUUGGACUGUUGGUUGGGAACUCGGAAGAAGACACCAAGCAGAAGAAGCGAGUUCUAGUUACCAAUGACCUGACCUACCAAGUUGCUAUGGAUGCAAUUGAGCAAGAUGUCAGCGUCAUUGUCAGCUACCAUCCCUUCAUCUUUGGCGGCCUCAAGUCUAUUACCAACAACGACCCUCAGCAAGCCACCCUGCUAAAGCUGACCAAGGCUGGCAUCGCUGUCUAUUGCCCACACACGGCCAUUGACGCUGCUCCCGAAGGUCUCAACACGUGGCUCGCUGAUAUUGUAUCUGGUCCACACGAGAGUAAACGCUCUGUUGCCAAUCCUGCCGUCAACGCCCCUUCCAGCCACGCUGGUGCAGGCUACGGCGCAAUUGGUCGCUUUGACAGCUCCGUUUCUCUUUCUGAGAUCAUCGUUCGCCUUGCUGAGAAGCUUGGCGGUCUCAAGCAUGUCAUGGUAGCAAGCCCUGUAGGUGCUGAUGUCAAGACCACCAAAGUCGGCAGUUUUGGCGUCUGUGCCGGUAGCGGUUAUGACGUCCUCAAGAAGGCCGACGUUGAUCUGAUUGUAACCGGCGAGACGAGCCACCACUCAGCUCUGAGGGCCAUUCAGCAGGGCCGCACAUUGGUGCAGGUUUUCCAUAGUAACUCUGAGCGCGGAUACCUUCAGGAGGUGCUCAGGCCCAAAUUGGAGGCUGCGAUCCGAGAAACGGUUCCCGCGGUGGAGGUUGUUACCAGCAAAGUAGACAAGGAUCCGUUUACUAUUCUGGAUGUAAGCGAUCUGAAGUAA